UUUCUUAUUCACUUAAAUAAUUUAAUCAAUUUCAUUUUAUUAUGAGUAGUUUCAACUCGUUUAUUAUUUAAACUACUUUUGUUUUUGAUACGAAAGUUAAUAGGUUUUGUAAUACAAUUAUGGCUAGUGCUAACAUAGCAGUUCGAGGUUCUACGGGGUUAUUAUUAUACCAAAGCACACCAACGUUCGACCCAGUUCCUAAUUUUCUACCUGAAGUUACGUUAUCAUGCAAGUUUAUGUUGUUUAGUCCAAAUGGAAAACAUUUUGCUUGGAUUACAAACUCUAAGGUAACACUUGUUAAAACAUCUGAUUGGAAAACUAUUGUUGAUGCUGAUUAUCCAAAAGCUGCACAGUUAGCAUAUAGCAGCAAAGGAACUUACUUAGUUAUUUAUGAACCAUUUAUGACUACACCGAGUAACCCCAAAGGAAGUCCAAAUGUGCAUAUAAUUAAAACAGCUAAUGGACAAUUAGUGAAGAGUUUUGAAUACAGAGAUUAUAAACUUUGGACUCCACAGUGGUCUUCUGAUGAAAAAAUUUGUGCUCGAUUCUUAAAUGGUGAAGUAUUAUUUUACGAAAAUUCCAAUUUUGAUAAUGUUGUGCAUAGAAUUAAAGGACUGAAACUCAAUAACUAUUCAUUAUCCCCUGGAAAUCAAUCACUUAAUGUACUUUGUUUUUUACCAGCUAAAUCUGGCCCUUCAAAUGGCCGACUAUUUCAAUAUCCAGAUUUUAACACUAUUAUCGCCAAUAAAAGUUUUUUUCAAGCUGAUCGAGUAGAAAUAUUUUGGAACCAAAAAGGGACAGCAUCCUUAAUGUUAACCACUACUGAUGUAGAUAAAACUGGAGCAUCGUAUUAUGGUAAACAGGGUCUACAUUUGAUUACUUCUAAAGGAGAUACUUCUCAAGUUAUAGUGAAUAAAGAAGGACCUUUGUAUAAUGCUGCUUGGAGUCCAUCAUCAAAUGAGUUCUGCGUUGUUUAUGGUUUUAUGCCAUCUAAGGCAACUUUAUACAAUAUGAAAUGUGACCCAAUUUUAGAAUUUGGAACAGGAACUUUUAAUUCAAUCUACUAUAAUUCAUUUGGGAAUAUUCUCCUCUUAGCUGGAUUUGGUAAUGUACAAGGAAAUGCAGAAUUAUGGGAUAUUAAUGGUAAAAAAAAGAUUAAGAAAAUAGAAAUACCUGAUACAACAUUUCUGCAAUGGUCACCUGAUGGUCAACAUUUUUUAACUGCUACAACAGCACCACGUUUAAAAGUGAAUAAUGGUUAUAAGAUAUGGCAUUCUAGUGGUGCAUUAUUACAUGAGAAACCUUGGGGCAAAGAUGAACUAUUUCAAGUUGUUUGGCAAAAUUAUCCUCAAGGAACUUUUAAAACACCUACUAUAGUUUACAAAGCUGUUGAAGGAAUCACUUCUAGCCAACCAAUUGCAUCUAAACAAGUUUAUCGACCACCGCAUGCUCGCAAUUCUGAUUUUAAACCAACUAGUUUACAUGAAGAACCAUCAGAUACAAAAAAUCAAUCAAAAGCUUAUUUGAAGAUGAAAAAAAAGCGUGAAGCAAAACGUCAAGCUAAACAACUAGAAAUAGUACAUUCAAAUAAUGUACAGAAUACUAUUACGAAAACUAAUGAUCCCAUAGAUAAUGAAAAACAAUUAAGGAUUAAAAAAAUUCAAUCUGAUUUAAAAAGUAUUAAUCGUCUUAAAACUAUACAGUCUUCUGGAAAAGAAUUGGAUAAAAAUCAAACAGCAAGAUUAAAACUUGAAAAUGGUUUAUUAGCUGAACUUAAACAAUUACAACUGUAAAUAAUAUAAAAUAAA